CCCGCUAUCAUCGCCCCCAACCCCCCACCCCUAGGGCACGCAUCGGCGCCGCCGCCGCCCGCCGCGCGAUCCCGCGGCCCGCCCGCGAUCCUCUUCCCCACCCGAUCGCCCCGAGCUAAACAAGGGAUUUCACAAUUGCUGGGACCUAUCUGUAUAGCUUCCUUCAAGCAUGGAAGAUCUACCGAAUGGCUCUGUGGAUAUUGCUGAGAAGAGCCAGGAAAACGAGAGGUCCGCAGAUGCUGGUGAACCUGAAGAGGUAGCAGACAUAUUUGUUUACAGAGAAGAUGUUGUCAGCUUGAAGUCAAAACAGGAUGCCCGAGGGUUGGUGCUGGAAGUAGCGGGUGAAUAUGAUUCAGAAAGUAGUAUCACUGAUGAUGAUACUGACACUGAGGAGAAUGAACAUAAAAGUGCUCGUAGGACUGAAAAUGGUGGUGCUGAUGGCGAUAAUGCCAGUAAUGGAGUUGAUGUUGACAGUCAGAGUUCUCUACCAGAUAACAAGGUUAGGGUGUUAUGGAUUGAUGGUACGGAGAAGACAGAAGAUAUUGACAGUGUGAUUAUUGUUGACAGAAGUUUUCUUCACGGAGAUAUAGUUGCUUCUAUCUCUGAUCCAACUGGUCAAAUGGGGCUUGUUGCUGAUGUCAGUCUUGUGGUUGAUCUGCAAGGUGCUCAUGGAGAAAUGAUUAAGGGUGUAUCAUCCAAGGACUUGAAACGCAUCAGGGAAUUCAAUGUGGGUGAUUAUGUUGUCUCUGGGCCAUGGCUUGGUCGAGUUGAUGAAGUGUUCGACAAUGUUAAUGUGUUGUUUGAUGAUGGUUCUGUCUGCAAGGUCUCAAGGGCAGAUCCUAUGCGCCUAAGGCUUGCAUCAGGGCCAAUGCAUCCAGAUACAGCCUGUCCCUUUUAUCCAGGGCAGCGUGUGAAAGCAGUAUCUUCAUCUGUGUACAAAGCAUCCAGAUGGCUUAAUGGAUUGUGGAAAGCAAAUCGUCUUGAAGGUACUGUCACGAAGGUGGAAACUGCUGCUGUUAUAGUUUAUUGGAUUGCAUCUGCACACUGUGGCACAAAUCAAGAAUCUGUUCCUCCUGAGGAGCAGAACCCAAAGGAUCUGAUUCUUCUGUCUUGUUUUUCGUAUGCAAACUGGCAAUUGACUGAGUGGUGUCUUCCUCAGCCAUACACAUCAUCAUGUACUGAUGAUGCUGUAACUGGAGGGUCAAAAAUGAAAGAGCUGAAUUCUGAGCACUCAUGUCUACCAUCUGAUAUUCCUGAAUCUGCCCUUAAUAUUCAGGCUGAAGAGGCUCAAAUGACUAAAACAGAUGCAAACCCCAGGCAGACAGAUGGUGAUUCUCCUGCUGAUCGAUCAAAUAUGUCAGGUGGGGAUAAUACGUGUGUAGCCAAAGAAUCGGAGUCAGGUACUAGCAUAUCAACCAUUCCGAAGGAGGGAGUGCAUGACAAUGGAACUUGUAGAAAAAAGUGUAGAAAAGUUUUUGUCAGAAAAGAUAAAAGAACAAAAAGAAGAGAUGAAAGCUUUGAAAGAGCCCUGCUCAUCACAAAUACAUAUACUAAGGUUGAUGUCAUAUGGCAAGAUGGGACUAAAGAAUAUGGAGUAAAUUCAACGUCACUGAUCCCGAUCCAGAGUCCAAAUGAGCAUGAGUUCUUUCCGGAGCAAUAUGCUGUGGACAAGGUAUCUGAUGAUGUUGAUGAGUCUUCUCAAACAAAGCGUGUUGGUCUUGUUAGAAGCGUAAAUGCGAAGGACCGAACUGCCACUGUAUCAUGGUUUAAGCCUUCAUUGCACCCAGAGGAGCCCAGGGAAAUUGAGUGUAAUGAAGUUGUUAGUGCAUAUGAACUGGAUGGCCACCCAGAUUAUGAUUAUUGCUAUGGAGAUGUUGUUGUUCGUUUGCCAUCCGUUUCACCUCCUUUAGAAUCAACCAAUGGUGGAAACACUAUGGAACUGGACAAGAAGGUGGAAUCUACAGGAGUAUCAUCUGCUUCAAAUGCCGCGCCACCUGCUGUUGGUGCAGAGGAACAGUUUCCACAGAAUGAAUCCAGUUCAGAAUUUCCUGGUCUUUCAUGGGUAGGAAAUAUAGUGGGCUUCCAAGACGGUGAGAUUGAAGUAUUUUGGGGGGAUGGGUCAGUGUCAAAGGUUGGACCUCAUGAGAUAUAUGUUGUUGGCCGAGAAGAUGAUGGUGCCUCACUAGAUGAUGGAGCUGCCUCUGAUGCUGCCAGCUGGGAGACUGUUGAUGAUAAUAAUGAAGAGGACUUGCCUGAUGAUUCUGCAAAGGAUGAUUCGCAAAAUAUAGCCGAGAACAUCGCUGGAACUGAAAAUGGGUCAUUUAAUUCCCAGGAUGAAAAUUCUGUCACAACUGGUCCUCUCUCUGUUGCUUUUGGCUUUGUGACCCGACUGGCGAGUGAGCUCUUUGCCCGAGGUAAAAAGCAUUUAGAUGGAUCAAACUCAGAUGCUAUGGAUGAAGUUGAAUCUCACCAGUCUAAUGAGAUUUCAGAAUCUGGUGAUGACAUUGAUAAAUCCGAAGAUGAGAACCGCAUGGAAACAUCGGAGUGCACCAUGGUGACAGCAGACGACUCUGCUGGGAAGGCUGUAGAUGUGGUAAUGGUUGACGAGCCUGCAGAUUCUGAUUGCUUGAAACACUUUGAUGUUCUGCAAUGCCCUCCAGACCAUCAUUACCUUGAAAACACAGCACAGCAGGGUAUCGGUGGAAGAAGGUGGGUCAAAAAAGUGCAGCAGGAAUGGAGCAUACUUGAGAAGAACCUACCAGAUUACAUUUAUGUCCGGGUAUUUGAAGAUCGUAUGGAUCUCAUGAGAGCUGUGAUUAUUGGAGCCAGUGGCACACCAUACCAAGAUGGCCUAUUCUUCUUUGACUUCCAUCUUCCACCUGAGUUUCCGCAAGUUCCUCCGUCAGCGUACUAUCAUUCUGGUGGUUUGCGUGUAAACCCUAAUCUUUACGUGGAUGGGAAGGUUUGUUUAAGCCUCUUAAAUACCUGGACUGGCAGAGGGAAUGAAGUAUGGGAUCCAACAUCAUCUAGUAUUCUCCAAGUACUAGUUUCGCUUCAGGGGCUGGUUCUCAAUGAAAAACCAUAUUUUAAUGAAGCUGGAUAUGAGAAGCAAGUCGGUACUGUUGAAGGGGAGAAGAAUGCACUGCCAUACAAUGAGAACACUUAUCUGCUGAGCUUGAAAUCCAUGUUGUAUAUCUUGAGGCGACCUCCUAUGCAUUUCGAAGAUUUUGUAAAAAGCCACUACUGCAAGCGUGGCCACUACAUUCUGAAAGCUUGUGAGGCCUAUUUGCAAGGAAAUGUUGUCGGCACACUCACUGAUGAUGCCUGUUCUACUGAGAGGAGCAAGGAGCACUCCUGCUCCAUGGGUUUCAAACUUGCCCUAGGUAAAAUUUUGCCACGGUUGAUCACAGCCUUGAAAGACACAGGAGCAGACUGCAGCCAGUACGAGCACCUCGGGAAAACAGAAACUGUUCAAGAAAGUUGAACACGGAGCUGAGUUGUAUUCAAAUCUUCUUUUGGCUUCAGAAACAUGAUAAAACUUCACCCCCCACUGUUUUCAUAUAAAUGUACAUUCAACAUUUGUUGUUUGGGUCUGAACAUUUGGAAAAUGUGGUUCCAAAUGAAUCCAUCUCGUCCAAACUGGGAGUGAGGUGCCCUGCACAGUUUAUGUUUUGUUAAAGCUUGCGGGGUUCUUAAGAGGCCAGGAUAGGGUUGCCAGCUCUGGGUCGAGCCUAGAAAUUCCAGGGAUAUAGGUGCGGAGUGCCAACUAAUAGAUGGUAUUUCCCUUCACCAGUCCGUACCUCUAAAGAUAUGUCUGGCCUGUGUGCCUGAGAAUACAUAUAUGUUAUCCAUGGCCUCGUUAGUGAUGAUUUGGCGUCAUUGCCUCACUUUUAGUGUUAGUCAAAGUUUUACUUUUAACUAGAUUGUGAAGAAUCCUCAAGAUGAAAAAAAAUUCUCGAGGAAGAAACCUUCUGGGUGAUUUUAUCUUGUAAUCUUGGUUGACAUUAUCUUGUCCAGUAAUGGGAGAACCAAACAACUGGUUCAAGGUGCAUAUCUUAUUUA